AUGAUAAUUCGUUUCACCGAUAUUGUUAAUGGCAUCAAAAGCAUUGAUCAUAAAUUUACUAAUGGUGAACUUGUAAGUAAAGUUCUUAGGUCAAUUUCGGAAGAAUGGAGCCCAUUGAGAAUGUUGAUAGAAAACACCAAAAAUAUCAACAUAUAUCCAUUGGAAGAGUUAUAUAGAACAUUGAUGAUAUAUGACCUAAAUCGUACCGAGACAAAGGAGAAAACAAUGAAAAGUAAAGAAGAGGAAACACACCAAAUUGCUUUUAAAUCAGUAGUUAAUGAAGGCACUUCAAGCAAAAAUAUGAAUGAUGAAGAACUUGAUGAUCUAGUUCUUCUUGCUAAGAAAUGGAAAGGUUUUCGCAAAAANGCUAAGAAAUGGAAAGGUUUUUGCAAAAAUUAUCAAUUCCAAAAGAAAGAAGAAAAUGGCGAAAAGAAGAAUAGAUUCAUCAAAAAGAAAGCUUUCAAUCAACAUGGGAUGAGAGUGAUGAUGAUGAUCAUGAAGACGAUGGAAGUUAAGAGAAAAUUGUCAACAAGUGCUUCAUGGCUAUUGAUGAUGGGGUAA